AUUAACGAAUCCAAACAACUCUCUUUCCACAUAGCCAAAUUUCAGUCUCUUCCUUGUUCCUCUGCAUUACCAUCCAAACACCAAUAACAAUGGCCGCCAUUUCUUCUCAAUUAUCUUCUCUCCGGUCACCGGAAACUCUCUCAUUCUCCUCCGGAAUGCUAACGUCACACUUUUCCGGUGUAAUUGUACCUUCUCCGGUCACAUUUCCGGUUAUUCGUACACGUGUCUCAUGCCAAUCCACCUCUUCAACAACACCUUCUUCCUCCCUCACUGCAAAAGCAACUACCAACCACCAGAAGGGCUUUCUGCACAUUAGUGAUUUCGAUAAAGCCACUAUAUUGAACAUCUUGGAUCGAGCCAGAGAGGUUAAAGAGUUGCUAAAAUCAGGAGAGAGGACAUAUCUUCCAUUCUCGGGUAAAACUAUGGCUAUGAUUUUUGCUAAGCCUUCCAUGAGGACGCGAGUUUCUUUUGAGACAGGGUUUUACUUGCUUGGAGGCCAUGCGAUCUAUUUGGGACCAAAUGACAUACAAAUGGGUAAGCGGGAAGAAACUCGUGAUGUUGCUCGUGUUCUUUCUCGCUAUAAUGAUAUCAUUAUGGCUAGAGUUUUUGCUCAUCAGGACAUUCUUGAUCUAGCUAAAUAUGCUACUGUGCCUAUAAUCAAUGGCCUGACAGACUAUAACCAUCCUUGUCAAAUAAUGGCUGAUGCCCUUACAAUAAUUGAGCAUGUCGGCCAGCUGGAAGGAACUAAGGUUGUCUAUGUUGGAGAUGGAAAUAACAUAGUGCAUUCGUGGCUGCUUCUGGCUUCCGUUAUUCCAUUCCACUUUGUUUGUGCCUGCCCCAAAGGUUUUGAACCUGAUCAGGAAACAGUUGAGAAAGCACGACAGGCUGGAGUCAGCAAAAUCGAGAUAACUAAUGACCCAAAGGAAGCUGUUAAAAACGCUGAUGUUGUCUAUUCAGAUGUCUGGGCUAGCAUGGGACAAAAGGAAGAAGCUGCACAUCGCCGUCAAGUAUUUCAAGGAUUCCAGGUGGAUGAAGAAUUGAUGAAACUAGCUGGAAAAAACGCAUAUUUUAUGCACUGUUUGCCGGCAGAAAGAGGAGUGGAAGUCACAGAUGGCGUGAUUGAAGCACCAAACUCCAUUGUAUUCCCCCAAGCUGAGAACCGCAUGCACGCGCAAAAUGCAAUUAUGCUUUAUGUUCUUGGCUUCCGCUCAAGCUUCUAUUUCUUUGGGUGGUGAAUGCUGUUCCUUGGUUCGUUGGAAAGAUCUGGUAACAAAUCCAUCUUUAAAAUUGAGAUCUCCGGUAUUGAGGUGUGGUUUUUGGUGCUCAAAAUAGGAUCUAGUCCGCUUAGUCCUCGACAUCAUUCCAGGAUUCGAAGACACUUUCUUUACCCCUGUGUAGUGUUAGGUAGAUUGGCUCGAUUCGUCAGUCAUUUUCGGUAAAAUGGUGAGCUUUCAUUCUCUGGAAGACUUGAUCAUUUCAUCGGUUUUACUUCCAUAAAUUAGAAUUAAAGACUUCACAUUGUCAUUGUCAAGGUUGGAGGCAUCUACUAAUGCAGGUUGAUUUUCUAAUAUAGAGGCUUUGUGGAUUACUGUGGACUGGGUUGGUUGUUGAAAUUCUUAGACCUUUUGAGUUACUUUUUAAUCCAUCUUGUUAUAUAUUUGAAACUCAUCCGUUUUCAUUUGCUUAUGUGUGUUUUGUAUGGCUAGGCAAAAGGGGUGGUCCCCAGUCAUCGGCGGACAUGGGAUGCCUGUCACGGCCAACCCUGUUUUAGUUUGUGACACCAUCAAUUCAGCGGGUCUACGAUAGACUAUACAAAUUGAUGGACCCUCAAAGUUCAAGUAUGUUUGAACUAGGUUGUUUAUUCAAUCACUACCCAUCCAUAUACCCCUUCGAUCACGUGACUUGUUUAAACUUCUUUUAAAAAACAUUCUACUAAUAGUCCUUCGAUUCAUAUUGUCUAUGGUCGACUACUUUGUAUGGUCGAGGAUUGACAGAGUCCAAGAUUUUGGAUAGUUCCUAUAAAAUAAGCUGGUCAAGCAUAG